GCCCCUCAGCUGCCAGCACCCCAUGCCGAGGCAGGAUGGAGGAUUUAGAUGCUUUGCUGGCAGAACUGGAGCAGAGCUCUCGCCCGGCCCCCAAGGACUGCGUGCUGCAGGUGCCAAGCUCCUACAAGCAGGAUUUGGCCACAGCUGGGCCCCCAGCCCCCCGUGGCCAUGAGCCACUUGCCUCAGCGGCUGUGAAGGUGCAGCUGCCACCUCGGGCUUCAAAACCUCCAGAAGAGGAUUUGAAGACAGUGUACAGCAGCUCGGUGCUGGUCCCGCCGCCGCGUCUCUCCUCGCCUCCGCCCACAGCAACUGCCUGGCAGCUGGAGGAGCUCCUGGCCGACCUGGGCCACAUGCAGAAUAAGCUGGCAGUUGCAGGACAGGGAGCUGGGGUGCCAGUGGACACCUCAUCCUCACUGGACAACAUGCUGGGCAGUCUCGCCCAGGACCUGCAGGAGCUGGGCAUCAGCACUGCCACUGCUGGCGUCUGCGCCGCCUGCCACAAGCCCAUCGCCGGCAAGGUGCUCACAGCCCUGGGCAAAACCUGGCACUCUGAACACUUCACCUGCACCCGCUGUGGGCAGGAGCUGGGCGGCUGCCCCUUCUUCGAGCGGGGUGGGCAGGCAUACUGCCAGGAGGACUACUACCAGGCCUUCACCCCCCGCUGCGCUUACUGUGCCGGCCCCAUCUGUGAGAAAGUCCUCACAGCCCUGGACCAGACCUGGCACCCCGAGCACUUCUUCUGUGCCCACUGCGGGAAGGUGUUCGGAGAUGAUGGUUUCCACGAGCGGGGUGGGAAGCCGUACUGCCGCCAGGACUUCCUGGCUAUGUUUGCCCCGAAAUGCCAGGGCUGCGAGCGCCCCGUGACGGACAAUUACCUGUCGGCCUUGCAGGGCGUCUGGCACCCCGAGUGCUUUGUGUGCGCGGAGUGCCUGAGUGGCUUCGCCAGCGGCUCCUUCUUCGAGCUGGAGGGUCGGCCCUACUGUGAGCUGCACUUCCACCAGCGGCAGGGAAACAUCUGCCAUGGCUGCGGCCACCCCGUGACCGGCCGCUGCAUCACGGCCAUGGGGCGUAAGUACCACCCCGAGCACUUCAUCUGCGCCUACUGCCUGGGCCAGCUGCAGAAAGGCACCUUCCGCGAGCGCGGCGACAAGAUGUACUGCCAGGCCUGCCACGACAAGCUCUUCCUCUGAGCCACGGCACCACAGCUGCACCCCAGCACACAGCCACCCUGCCUGCCUGUCCCUGGUAUCGUCCCCACACCGACACCCCUGGCGUUGUCCCUGCUGAGCCAAACGUGCCUCGUGUCCUCCCACCCAGCGACACCCCUGGCAUCUGUCCUGCAGAGCCAAAAGCCCCCAACACUGUCUCUGCCAAGCCAGAGCCCCUGGCAUCACUCCCUGCCCCUUUUCCCUCGAGACAU